AUGACCAUCGACAACAUCAUCAACGAGUACAGCGAUGAAAGUGACGUUGAGGCGCUGGCUGGAUUGGAGGCAAUGCGUAGGGCGGAAGCCCAGGAAGCAGAUGCGAACAGAGGCAGUGCCCUAUUUGGUUACUACGGCUCCUCAUUGGCAGGUCUCUCCAACGAAGCUGAUGAAACUGGUGUCCCAAUGGAUAUGAGCACGCUUAGCGGAGGCUACGAUGCCCACAUGUCCUACGGAGGUGAUCCGAGCAUCCUGGCUGCAGGUCCUGAUAUCAAUGGAUCCACUUCGCUUUCCGCUUCCAAUUCAAUGCGACGAUCUGUUGGCUCGAGCAAUCCGGAAAGCAUUUAUGACCAUGCAACGAAUUUCCAACACCGUGGGCCACCAGUUGCUCGUGUGGAUGCUGGUGGAACUGGAGGUCUGACGGACCCAGACGCCCUCGGUCGUAGACAGAGCUUUGACGAAGGUGAUGAAUACAGUCUUACGGACGAUGUUCUGCAACCCGGCGAGCCUCCAGACAUGUUCUUCCACCCUGGUCAUUCGGUCCAAAACCAUGAGAGGCCUCUACCACCUCCUCCAAUCGUCUCUGAGAACGCCGUGCCCCGUAUUAACACUAGCUUACUCCACAACCGCUCGAACUCCCUCUCUCAGGCUCCAUAUCGCAUGACUCCUGAUGGAUAUACGCCAUCUUCCAUGGACAACGGAGCUGGUACCUUCCCACGAUCUGCAUCUCUGCUCAAUCACAGUCAAACACCCCAAGUACUCCAACCAGCAAGAUCAAAAACGGACGCCGAGGAGCGCAGGCUCAAGCAAGGUUAUCGAGCCUCAACCUAUAACACUUUCGAUACAAACCCCGCGGCAAGCACUGUUGCAUUGGAUCUGCCGAGUUUACCUACAAAGCGCUUCAACCCAUCGAAGCUUGGUGGUUCGGAUUUCAAGAAAUGUGAAGAGCCUUGGGCUUUGAGUUCAAUUCUCCAGUGGUUGUUCCUCGUUGCGGACCCUGAAAAAAUGACUGAGUUGAAGGAGUCAAUGGUCAAGGAGGCUCUUGUGUCUCUUUUCACCAACAAAGUUCCUACCAUGAACAUUGCUGAUGCAGAGGUCUUGAGCAACCGUGUUGUCGAGAACAUGUAUGCUUCCAAAACGCUUGUGCCAAUUGAGGAGUGGGUCAGACUUAGCCAAGGACACAUGAGCGGUGUCAUCUUCCAGUUGACAUUAAGUGGAUGCUACUCGCAUACUGUGCACAAUCAUCUCUUCGCAGGCCGUUGCUAUGCUCAUCACUGUCAGCGUACUUUGAAGAAGGUCAAUCUCCAGACGUUUUCAACGAGGGCUUCCGAAGAUUGGGCAACUUUCUACAAACUCAAGAAAGAGGACGUUGAAGGUCACGACAAGAAAGAAAUCGAGUUGCAAAACAAUCUUCACGAGAUUGUGCAGACCGAAGAGGGCUUCAUGGAGAACCUCGACGUCAUGAUCCGGCUGUACCGUGAUCCACUGGCCGCUGCCAACCCAUCAAUCAUCAGCCCCAACCGUCAAGAGAGGUUUUUGCGAGAUGUUUUCAGCAAACUGGAUCUAGUCAAGAAAGCAAACGUCGAACACUUGUUGCCGCAACUCAAAUAUCGGCAACAAGAGCAAGGACCAUGGGUUAAAGGUUUCAGUGACAUCUUCAGGCAAUGGAUUCGUAAAGCAAAGACUGCAUACAUUGAGUAUGCAACAGGCUUUCCUAGCGCGAACUCAUUGAUGCGGCAAGAACUGGAGAAGAACAUCAGCUUCCGCAACUUUGUAGAGGUGGCAAGAGUGAAUAAGCUAUCUAACAAGCUUGGCUGGGAUAACUAUCUCAAAGCACCUAUCACGAGGCUGCAAAGAUACAGUCUACUUCUGCAAACGGUUCAUAAGAACAUGCAACAGGAUUGUGAGGAAAGGACAAACUUGGCAACCGCGAUCGAGGAGAUUCGAGCUGUUACUCUGGAGUGCGAUUCAAGGGUUGCCGAUCAGCAAAGAAAGGUCGACCUUUCUGACCUGAGUCAAAAACUCAUGCUGAGGCCUGGAAUGGCAUCUGAGGUCGAGCUCAAUUUGACAUCCAUUGGGCGCGAAUUAAUCUAUCAAGGAGAUCUACAGCGAAUGGGCACCAGCCGAUUUACGUGGCUUGAGUGUCAUGCACUUCUGUUCGAUCAUUAUCUUGUCCUCGCAAAAGCUAUCUCGGUACUGCAGAAAGGUGCUCCUAAUAAGCUGGAAAAGUAUGAUGUCUCGAGGCUUCCAAUCCCGAUGGACUUACUGGUCUUGGAGAACAUCAACGAGGAUGCGGUGGUUCGGUCUUCGUACGUCAAAGGAAUCACAUCCGUCACACCCUUGCCGUCGAGACCAGCGCCAUCAAGCCCCGACUUAAACAAAAUGGCGCGUGUCACAACCGCUCAGUCGACUCACCCUAGUUUGGCAUCUGUUAACACAGGCUCAUCCAUGGCCAGCAUAAACAGCGUCGCCUCCGCGCCAUCGAAGAUGUCCAGCACCACUGUCCUUGAUGGUAACAAAGACUCGGAAAAGAUUAUGUAUCCUUUCCGCAUCAAGCAUCUUGGUAGCAAGGAGCCGUACACACUUUUCGCAGCCACAGCGGGAAGCAGAAGUGAAUGGUACAACAAGAUUAUCGAAGCCAAGACCAAACACGCCGCUGCACUCUUCGCGCAGAAUGCUGAGCCGUUUCGCUUGAGGGUAAUAGCUGACUCUGCCUUCUACUACGAUUCAAAUGUAAAUACCAAGGAUCAUCUCGGUGUGAGUAUGGGUGGUAAGCCAGUCAUAAUCAAGGGCACACCCCUAGACCGCGCUGUCAAGGAGGUCGAAAAUAGGUUUAAGGCUACUGGUCGCCCAGCACCCAUUUGCAGAGCAAGAGUCAAUUGCGCUACCAGCUUCACAACAUCAUACCCUGGCACAAAACACAUGGUAGCUGUUGGUACGGACUUUGGCGUUUACUGUUGCGAAAUGGAUAAUCCCAGAGGGUGGUUCCGAGCAAUUGCAGGCACUAAAGUCACACAAGUGGCGGUCCUUGAGGAGUUCAACUUGUUUCUACUUCUUGCUGACAAAGUCCUGUAUGCUCAUCAUCUCGACGUGAUCUGUCAGCCUCUUGCUACCGGCACGGCUGACGCAUCAUCUGCACGCAAGGCGCCACAAAGGCUCUCGGGCAGUCGAGACGUGGGCUUCUUUGCUGUCGGGCGUAUGAAGGAGCGUACUCUAGUCUUCUACAAGAAGCGAGACGGUAUCUCAUCAACGUUCAAAGUGCUGGAGCCCAUCUACCAGAAGUCAACCGAAAAGAAACGCGGCAUCUUCAAACGGGGAAAUACCGAGUUCUUCCGUGACUAUGAUGACUUCUACAUUGGUACUGAGUGCCACGGCAUGAACCUAUUCCACAGCAGUCUUGCUAUCAGCUCAGACAAAGGUUUCGAGGUCCUCACUCUAGACAAGAAGCAACCAUGGAGCGUGCCGGACUGGAAGGCUCCAGAGGUCAGCAAUAUUCUACGACAUGUCGAGAGGCAAGAAACUCUGGGCAUGCUACGACUCAACGACCAAGAGUUCUUACUCUGCUACAAUCUAUGCGCAGUCUAUGUCAAUAAGCAUGGCGAGAUCAGCCGAUCGGUCGUCAUGAACUUUGUUGCCAACGCAAAAAGCGCUGCGUUAUACGGACCUUACCUCGUUCUUUUCGACAACGAGUUUGUAGAGGUGCGUAACGCACAGAAUGGUCGCCUCAAGCAGAUCAUCGCUGGCAAGGACAUUAAAUGUCUCGACGAUGGGGGAGGUGGCACAUUGAGUGGCGGCAGUACCAACACUGGUGUCGUCAACGGAGUCGCUGGCUAUGGAGCUGCCAGUCGCUCUAUCAAGAUCGUCAUGCAACAUCCUGCAUUGGAAAAGACGCAGAUCGUCGUGGAGAUGGUGUUGAAUAACGAAGAACAAAAGGAGUAG